AUAAUCAACCUGGGACACACAAGGCAGAUUGCUCGUGCUACAAUCGAGCCAAUCUCUCCACAAUGCGUCGUCCAAGUCGCGCCGAUGGCUUAGCCAAAGAACGCCUCAGAUGGACUCAAGAGCUUCACGAUCGAUUCGAACAAGCUGUUAAUCAGCUAGGAGGUCCAGAUAGGGCAACGCCAAAGGGAAUUCUGAAGGCUAUGGGCGUUGAUGGCCUCACCAUUUACCAUGUCAAAAGUCACUUGCAGAAAUUCAGGAUUUUAAAGUUUGUUCCCGAAACAAAUACUAAAGGCAAGUUUGAGAGGAGAAAUAUUUCAGAAAUACUGCCUAAUUUUGGUACAACAUCAGGCGCGCAGCUUAAUGAAGCUCUGCAAUUAUAUAUGGAAGCACAAAGAAAACAAGGGGAUGAUAAACUCCAGGUUAGAAGGAAUUUGAAGAUUAAGUUUGAAGCACAGGUGAGAUACUUUGAGAGAAUUGCAGGGGAGCAUAGAAACCGAGUCACCCCAACAAAAGCUACUAAAUCAUUGUCUCCCAUAUCAUUGCCUUCGUUAUGUGAGGAGUCUGAGUCCAAUUCAAAAGAUUUUGAAACCGAUUCCGAGGCCGACAAAAACGAAAUAGAGUCCGGAGAAAGAAUUCAAGCUCUAAAAAGGGCUGGAAUAGUGGAAGAUAACUCAGCGUCAUCUUCAUCAUCAUCAUCAUCAUCAAUGUAUGCAUUCCCGUUGUCAUUCAGCGCAGAUGGCUAUGAAUAUGAUGAUCAAAACAUGCUUCUUAACGGGGGAGAAAGACUUUCCUACACUGCAAAUGAUAUCAGCUUUCCCUGGAAUAUCCCAGUUUGCUCAUCACCCUUGGUGCCUAGCUUUAUGUGAAUCUUGCCACAGGGACUUUGUAAAAUAAAGCAAUAGAUGAUCAUAUUAUGUAGACAUACUUGCAUGAUUGCUUUCAAGGUUUGCUAAAUUAAAGAAGCGGAGCAUUGGAACUGAACUUUUAUAAUUUUUCUAAACCAUGAAAGCAAUCCAUAUAUCUAAAUAAAACUUUGUAGCAUUAUAGAAAUGCUGCUUCAUUAGGUAAUAAAAGAGGGUGAUCUGAUACAGAUAUAUGUCUUUUUGUGUGGACUUGUAGAGCAUGGAUUGCUCAUAUUGUAUUUAGAAAAUGGAUUUAUCAUCUUUUUAGCCA